GCGCUUGGUGCUGGCGGCGCGUGCCCGCCCUCACACGCACAAGAUGGCGAUGGGUGAUGGAGGGAGGGCCGGCGCUGCCCGCGGUACCUGCUGACGCCUCGGCCGCCGCCGCCUGAGUACAUGGCGCUGGGACAGCUGUGCUGGCACUGCCUGCUCGCCCUCGCCCUGCUGCUGCUGCUGGCGGCCCCAGACAAUGUGAAUUCUCUGGAGCUAAGUUGCAGUGUUGGCCCUGUCGAGGUGAUACUGCAGCCCAACCAAACUGUGGUGUUGGAUUGCAACCUGCCUGCUGUUGAUCAGCCUGCUAAUACAACGUGGAAGGAAGAGGGAAUUCCUCUCGUGGAUCAAGAACAUCACCGUGUGAUUCCGAAUGGAUCAUUAUACAUCGCUGGAGUGUCAAGAUCGUUUACAGAUCAAGAUGGAGGCAGCAGUGAUAGGAGUUAUACCUGCAUGUCCGAAAAUUCCUUUGGAGCCGUAGUUAGUAGGACUGCAUUGAUCAGAUUCUCCAGUAAGUCUUUGUCACAAUUUCAUCAGCAGCCACAGUCACAGAUUGUGGAGGAGAAUGGAACUGCCCGCUUUGAGUGUGGAAUUAAAGGACUCCCAUUUCCAGUUAUCACAUGGGAGAAGAAUCAGUCAACUCUUGCAGAUCACUUAAGGUAUAUAGUCCUCCCAAAUGGAAUUCUGCAAAUUGUAGAUGUGCAAGUAAGUGAUGCUGGAGUAUUCCGUUGUGAGGCCACAAAUGCAGCUCAGACACGCUACAGUCAGGAUGUCUCUCUCACUGUAUUACAAGGAUUUAAAUCUGUGCCUGGAGACGUGGUCAUCAUUGCUCAGCCAAAAAAUGUCACUGUUAUUGCUGGUCAAACAGCCAUCAUGGAAUGCAUGGCGUAUGCUGAUCCAACGCCAUUUGUCUCUUGGAUUCGGCAAGAUGGUAAACCAAUUGCUACUGAUGUCAUUGUGGUUGGAAGAACAAACCUUAUGAUUGCUCACACCCAACCGUAUCACUCUGGUGUGUAUGUCUGCCGUGCCAAUAAGCCACGAACCCGACAGUUUGCCACUGCUGCUGCUGAGCUGCGAGUGCUAGCCCCACCAAUGAUCACACAGUUUCCUGAGACAAUCUCCCGGAUCCGUGCAAGCACAGCUAGAUUUUUCUGCAAAGCCAAGGGGGAGCCUGCCCCGAGUAUUCGCUGGUUGAAAAACGGAAAAGACAUAUUGUCCAAUGGCCGAGUAAAAAUCCAGAGCAGUGGCAGUCUAGUAAUUAAUCAGAUUGGACUGGAAGACGCAGCUUACUACCAGUGCAUUGCAGGGAAUAGUCUUGGAAUGGCUUGCACUACUGCCAAAUUAACUGUGACAGUUCGAGAGGGCUUGCCCAGUGCUCCUAAAAGUGUGUAUGCCACUACAUUAUCAAGUACAUCAGUAUUAGUAUCCUGGGAGCGCCCAGAGCACAACAGUGAGCAGAUUAUUGGAUUCUCCCUUCACUAUCAAAAAGCUGUGGGUACAAACAACGUUGAAUACCAGUUUGCAGUAAAUAAUGACACUACCGAGCUUCAAGUGAAAGACUUGCAAGCGAACACUAGCUAUGCCUUUUAUGUUGUUGCUUACUCUCAACUUGGUGCCAGUAGGACUUCGUAUUCUGUUGUUGUAGAAACCAGGGAAGAUGUACCAAGUAGGGGCCCUCAGCCAUCCUUGUCCUUCACCACUCUCACUGACAUUCGGGUAACAUGGCUUCCACUUUCUCCUGAGCUCAGUCAUGGCAAAAUAACAAAGUACCGAAUUGAUUACUGCAUGUUGAAAGAAGAUCACAUUUAUUCAAUUGAAGUUGAUGGGAAUGAGACACAGGUCACACUUCCUACAGUGCAAUCAAAGAAAAUAUACAAAGUUCGGAUUGCAGCAAGAACCAGUGUGGGAUAUGGUGCACCAUCAGAUUGGACCCAGCACAUCAUACCCGACAGAAAUAAACAAAUAAUGGUUCCAUUUGCUCCUACAGAAAUGAAGGUCAAGACUAAAGUAGAUGCUCUGUUGGUCACAUGGCAACCACCCUCUAACCAUGUCCAGAUCCAGGGUUACAAGCUGUUUUACAGAGAGGCAGAUGCUGAUCCUUCGAGCAAAGAAUUAAGUGAAACUAAUGAAGAUGAACAGUGGACAAAAGGACCAAUCCGUCUUCGAAGAAAAAUUAAACAAUAUGAGAUUACUGGAUUAGCAUCAGACAAACUUUAUGAAAUCAAGUUGAUCGCAUUUAACAAACAAGACGAUGGAUAUGCAGCUGUUUGGAAAGGAAAAACAGAGAAGAAACCUGUCCUAACCUUAGAUUCUCCUGUGAUAUUGCCGCCUCCAAUUCAACUUUGGGCGCAACCCAAUGGGUCCCGAGCAAUCUGGCUACAUUGGACCAGGCCACCAUUCACCACAGUCCAGAUUGCAAAUUAUACCGUACGCUGCAGCCCUUGGGGGCUCAAGAAUGCUUCUCUUGUGACUUACUUUACCAGCACUGUAGAAGACAUUAUCAUCAGUAGCCUGAAGCCAUACACCAGAUACGAAUUUGCAGUGCAGUCCAAUGGAUUUGGUGUUGAUGGGCCUUUCAGUGGCAUUGUGGAGGAAUCAACUCUGUCUGACAAACCUUCCAGCCCACCAUCUGAUUUGAAAUUAAAUCCAAUUAAUUCCUACUCGGUCAGAGUUCGAUGGCAACCUCCAGCUGAACCAAACGGCAUUAUAAUUGAAUACAUUAUUUUAUACAAUGCAAACUACACACAGUCAGAUGAACUCUGGAAUUCAUUGUCCAAGGAAGGGCACAUUUUCAGCACCGAUGUGCGGGGACUGGAAAGUGACACUCGGUACUUCUUCAAGAUGGGUGCAAAGACAGUUGUAGGAAGAGGACCAUAUUCCACGACAAAAGAUGUGCAAACUCUGGCAAAACGAAUAUUAGGACUGCAUGAUCUCCUUGAUGUACAUUCUGUAACAGGCAUCAUUGUAGGUGUCUGUCUUGGGCUGCUUUGCAUUCUCUUCUGCAUCUGUGCCAGUUUCUGGAACAAUAAGCGAAGAGAGCCAGGUCCUGAUUCUCACCAGACAACUGAGCAGUCCCACUCUCGCAGGGCAAGGAACGCAUCAUCAGCUCACAAUGCUGCCCUUCCUCAUGCUCAUGAGCUUGAAACACUAAUGUCUACUCUUGGUGAAGAUCUAUCGCUGCCACUUACUGAGAUAACUGAACUCACUGACGUGCAAAUCUUUAUGAAUUCCAGCCUUCCAGAUGAUGACAUUCAGAUUAAAUUAAAGCCUGCCUGGAAUGGUUCUGUUCAUCAUCAAUGGGCAAAAGAUCCGAUUUGCUACAGCAGUGCAGUCCAAGAUUCUACUCGCAAGGCUAGUGAAACACUGCGCUUUGAGCCAGGUCCCAGUGAAGGUGAUCUACGAGGAAAUAUUGUUUUUGACAGUUUUACGGGUUCAGCAAAGAAAGAAAAUCAUCAUUCAGGCCUGAAUCAAGUUGAAGCUGAAGUUAUUGUUCAUUCUGAGUUAUCAGCGUCAGAAAGAAAUUCUGUUCUUGAGAACCACGGUUCACAAGGUAAUGAAGGUCUUCUGACGAAGUCCUUCACUUCAGAAUCCAUAGAAGACCUUCCCAGUGAGGAUAUUAUGUUACCUGGUGAGGACUGGAAGACUAAGGAAAAUCUUGAGAUUGAGUGCACUGCUGAAAUACCAGCAAAAGCCCAGAAAGAAGAUUAUCAGACCAAGUUUACCCUCGCUUUGCCUGCGGCAGAGAGUCGACCUGUGGAGGUUUGCGAGAAUUCUUUGUCUCCUGUUGGAAAUGGAGUAAAGAACUGCAUCGAUGCAGAAAAUCUCAAAGAUGUCCAAGUAGACAAUUCAUCAUUACAUUCUAAAACUCAAAGCAAAUUGAAGAUCGUUGAUUGCCACGGACUCAGCAAUGGUUUUCAGAGCAGUGAGGGUUGGCAAAGUUCGGUCAAUGGUUUAACGUUAACAAACAGAAACUCUGAAUCGCCAUGUCUAAAAAGUGCAGAGAGCCUCCCUGGGAGAAGUCAGUCUUUGGUUACAGGCGAGGAGGUCUCUGCUUGUCAUUUCAUUGCUUCCAGUAUCACUACUACCUCAACAUCUGAGAAAGACUUGUGUCCAUAAUCAUUAACACACUCCCGACUUUGCCAAAUACUGGGGUGAAUCCUGCAAUUACACACUCUGCGAGUGCCUAUUACCACAUCCACCAAGGAUCCUUGCACAGCACUGGGUCAUGAAAUAACCUGGGAUCACUUUACCAGGUUCCUGUACCUUGUAUUUUAGAUACAUGCUCCUCUGUGAUGGAAUGAUCUAAUUUUAUUUUCUGAGAGGAAUUUUGCUUAUUUAAUAUGAUAAAGUAAAAUUGUAUGUUUUAGUGUAGCAUUUAUAAUACUUCCACCUUCCUUCAAUACAACAGAACUACCUCAAGUCUGUUUAAAAUAUUGAGUGGUAUUGUACUCCAUUAGUUUUGUCGCUUGUUUCUAUAGAUGUUUUAUUUUCAUUUUCUUUGCACAGGUUUUGUUCCAACUGGAAAUUACUUAAGCAACUGUGCUGAUGAAAUGCUAUAAUGAAAUUAACUUUAAGAAACAGAUGCACAUGCACCUUUUCAACCAUACCCCACUGCAUCUGUCAGGCGCAAGAUCCAUCAGAUCACAAUCACAAUAAUACUUUAUUAACCAAGUAUGUUUUGCAAUAUACGAGGAAUUUAAUUUGCCAAGUCAGUCAUACAAAUAAAAAACAACGGAACACACAAAACACAUUUUAACAAAAACAUCCAUCACAGUGACUCCUCCACAUUCCUCACUGUGAUGGAAGGUGAAUAAAAGUUCAAUUGUUGUCGGGUAACUUUGAGAGAGGUUUUAGAUGUAUACAUUACGAAUGGAAAAUAACUAUUUUUCUUAUGGAAAGUGUGCCAAAUUGCAAGAUGUUUGUACAUUAUCAUUCUGUCAGAUCACUGAUUUGGCUCGAAGGUGUGUUUGUAACUUCUAAAUCUGUGACGAGUGAAAGAGUCAUUUCUUCUGGGUUGCUCCUCAUCUUCCACAGGUUUGUGGGAAAAUACAAGGAGACAUUGAAAUGGGUUUACACCACGGGCGAGGUGGAUGAUGAGAAGAAACCAAUGAAGGAAUUCACGAUGCUGAUCUGUAACUUGUAAUGGAAAAUAAUUACAUGUGGGGGAGAGGGUACUGUGAAUGAUGGCAAUUUCAAUUUGAAACUCAAGCCUUACUUUGAACCCACCACCAUCCCCUAACUAUAAAAUGAAGAUUAAGCCUUAUGAAGACCCAAUGCCACAUGUUAUGUGCAAUUGAAAACACUUCAUCACCGCUUCAAAUUUAUAUUUUAUUACAAAAAAAUUGCAUACCCUUCAUUUGUGUUUACAAGUUUGAGAUUGAAGACUGGUAAAAUAAUACACAUUUAUGACUUGUUAAAGUGCAUCAACUACUGUUUCACAAUUUUAGGAAUGCUGUACAUACCUAACAGUUUUACUGUGUACAUAUUCUCUAUUGAACAUCUGUCAUAUAUAGAGCCAGUUUCUUGUGUAAAGCACACCUUUCCAUUUAUUGCACUGUUCUAUAAUAGAGCCGUAUACUUUGACUCAAUAGAGCAGCAUUGUAGAACAUCUAAUUUAAUUAAAAUCUAUCUACACAGCUUAAUAUCCAUUAUUAUUUCAGGAUAGAUUAUGGCACAUGUCACUUCUAGGUCAAUCAUCUCUUGUCUUGAAAUUGCCAGUAAUUUAUCAUCUUGCAAUAUUUAAAAUCCAUCAGCAGUCUAAUGUACUUGAUCAUUUACUCUCUUGUGGACAACAUCUUAUUUUAUCUGUUCAGGAUCUGUUUUGAAAAGUACAGAGACAUUAUGAGGCUUGGCACAAGAGGUGUAUUGAUUAUCCAGGAUUGACAGAUUAGACUCUCUGCAUUGAAUAUUGAUAACAGCAACUGUAUUGACCUGCAUAAUGGUGUUCAUGUUCGCAAAUAACCUGAUCACUUAUUGUUGAAUUCUUACAAGAUAUUCCAUUUUGCAAAAGGUCUUGUGGAGCAAUCUGUGACACCACGUUUUCCGAUGGAGUUUGCCACUCUGUACAAUUGCACGUUCCCUUAUAGAUGAUGGUUAUUAAAUGAGCAUUUCCAAUAAAUAAUACAACUGAGAUACUUCAGCGCGCUCCCAAUGGACUUGUGUUUGUGAUAUUGCCAGUGCCAUACGGUAAUUACUGUGCUGUCUAAAAUUUGCUUGUGUUGUGAUUUUUAUAGCCACAGCCAGAGCCAACUUUGCAGGCUUUAGAUUUGCUUACAGCCUACCGCAGUUACAGCUCACAGAUCAAUUACAUAUUUUGCUACCAUUGUUUCUUUUUGAGCAAAACAGUGCCUGCUUGUAUUGUAAAGUUGAGUUUAUGUCAGAUCUACAAGUACGGUGUGGUACAGGUGCUAUGAAAAUGUUGCUUGCAGCUGUAUCGUACUCACAUAGACGCGGAUGAACACACACAAAAACAAAUGAUACACACAAGAUUCUAAAAGAAGACUGCUACAAAAAUGUAAUUAGUGCAAAAUCAUAAUUGGAAGAUAAAACAAGUACUUAGUGGUCUAAAAGAAAGGUGGGCGAUAGUGUUCUGUCGACAAGGUAGGAUUUGAGUUGUGCAAAUUGGUUCAAGAAGCUGAUAGUUGUUCCUGAUGGUGUGGGACUUUAAGCUUCUGUACCUUCUGUUCGAUGGUUGCAGUGAAAAGACCGCAUGACCUGGAUGGUGGGGAUCCUUGUAAUCAUAGUCAUACAACACGGAAACAGGCCCCUCGGCCUAACUCGUCCAUGCCGACCAAGAUGCCCCAUCUAUGCUGGUCCCAACUGCCACAUUUGUCCCAUGUCCCUCUAAACAUUUUCCUAUCCAUAUGUGUUUUAAAUUUUGUUACACUCCCUGCCUCAAAUACCUCUUCUGGCAACUCAUUCCAUAUACCCAUCAUCCAAAAGUUGCCCCUCAUCUUUCCUCCCUCACCUUAAAACUAUGUCCUCUUGUUCUGAUUCCCUUAGUAUGGGUGAAAUAUUCACCCUAUCUAUUCCUCUCAUAAUUUUAUACAACUUUAUAAGAUCACCCUCAGACUCCUGCGAUCCAAGAUAUAAAGUUUUGGUCUGCUCAAUCUCUCCCUAUUGUUCAAGUCCCUUGUAAAAAUCAUCUCUGUACUCUAUCGUCUUCCAGGAGUCAAAUAAAAGCUUGGCCAGGUUGGUGUGGGUCGUUGGUAAUGCGGGCUGCCUUUUUGAGACAGUUUCUCAUAGGCAUCAUCAAUAGUUAAUAUUCAUUAUGGUGUCAUUAAUAAUUUCACCCAUAGUGGACCUAUCAAAAAUUAUCCAAGGCCAUGUUGCACCCAAGGAUCUAACGUAACAAAUUGUGAAGACUAACUUUGGGUGUUAACAGUGCCUUCACAUGAUAGUGUAAGGAAGGAUAUUAAGUCCUUAUGAUGCAGAAUUAACCAGAAUAGCACCAGAGAUCAGUGACUGAGAGACUAGAAAAGAUGGGACUGUCAUUACGAUAGAAUAAAGAGGAGUUAAUACAGGGAUACAAAAUCAAGUGUCUUUACCCAGUGGGAAGGUUGACGAUGAAUAGAAUGGAAUUUCACUGUACCUAGAUACAUGUGACAAUAAAGUACCAUUGAACGUUGAAUAGAUUUCAUGGAUAAAGGUAAAGACAUUUUAAAAAGAGAGGUGGGAGUGGGGCAAAGCCUGACAAGUGAUAGGUGGGUGUAGGUGAGGAGGGUGGACUAAGUGACAGAGGCUAGAGGUGAAAUGGUGACAAAAGGGUGUCCGAUAAAGAAAACGAGUGAAAUAUAAAGCCAGGGGGAGGGGUGUAGAUGGAAGGAGACAAGGAAGGGGGGGAUAAAAAUAAAUUGAGAGACUUGAGGAUGGCGCACAAAGGAGGGGGAAGGAGCAGGGUGACUGAAGGGGGUGAGAGGGAGAAAUGAAUGCAAAUCAGGGUGGGCAGAGCACAGGAAAGGGGUGAGAGGAAGCUUUACUUGAAAUUGUGUGAUUUGAUUUUCAUGCAGUUGGGUUAUGAAGUACUCUAACAGAGGUGCUGUUCCUCCAGUUUGCAAUGGAGGAGGCCCAGGACUAUGGAAAUGGGAAGAGGAGUUAAAAUGAUUAGCAAUCAAGUGAUCCAGCAGGCCUCAGUGGUCCAAAUAUGUUUUCUGCAAAAUGGUUUCUUAGUCUACAUUCGGAUGUUGCCUCCGGUACUUUGUGGUUUCUUCAAGAUUUCAGCGUCUGCAGUUCUUGUGUCUGCGGAUAAAAAAAACUCUGAUAACAUGAUUAGAUCAACGAGCUGCCAGAAAUCCAUGAACAUCUGCCUUGACCCUAAAUGAGCGUUUCUUGUUUAUGCUGUUUCUAUUUAGUGCAAGGUAACCUGUUCCAGAGUUUUCUUAAAAGUACUUGUUCAGGUGACAAAUGACAUGUGAAUGGUUGUUUUCAGAAAGCUGUAUAGAGAGGAAAACUUGAGUGAUGCUUUAAGCACGUCCUUUGGACACUCAGAACGUGGAAUUUGUCUCUUCAGAUGAUUGCCCUAUUAUACACAAUUUAUUUCGCCUAUUGAUACUUGGUUCAGCCACUUGCUGUUACAUUGUAGGCAGAAAGUUACGAGCUGCUGCAGAUAUAAGUGGGACCCUCACAUCUUCCUCCAGAGCUUACAAAUACAAUUGUCAUGUUAUGUGGAAGCUCCAAAUGUUAUAUGGAGAAUUAGAAGAUGUGGCAAAUACACUGUUUGCACAUGGACUAUUGCUUGUGCCAGCAGCUUCACGUUUAGAAGUUAUUUAUAUAUGUACUUGUAAAUCACUCUGGAUAGUAAAUAGUUUAGCAAGGCUGGGGAAUGAAUUGAGACCUAAUGCAUUUUUUUUCCACUUGAAGUUGGGAACCUGAAAGUGAUUUUGCUAAAACUAAUAUGCAGGACAGAUUUUAGGGCAUUUUCAUAAAGGUGUGUUGUGUAACAGUUGCCCUGCCUAUGCCACAGCCAAUUUGCAAACAUGCAUAUCGAUCGCAUCUUGCACAUUUCACACACUCACUAAUGUAUGGUGACGAUUGUGUGGAUCCGAUGAUGUGAGUAUGUCAGACUUGAUCUGCGUUUGCCCUUACACCAUUUAUAUAAAUGGUUCAACCUCGAAUGAAAAGAACUAUUCUUACAAAUUAGUCAUUUGUGGAUAUCUUCUCAAAUUUAUAUUUAGGUUUAUUAUUGUCACUUGUACCGAGGUACAGUGAAUGCAUUGUUUUACAUGCUAUCCAAUCAUAUCAGAUAAUACUAUAUACAAGUAUAAUCAUGCCAAACUCAAGUAUAAUAGAUCGAGCAAAGGGAUACGGAAUGCAGAAUAUUGUUCUCAGCAUUAUAGCGCAACAGUUCCAGAGACAAAGUCCAAUGUCAGCAAUGAGGUGGAGGAGAAUGGAACAAUUCCCCAGCCUAUGGGAGAACCAUUUAAAAUCUGAUAACAGAGGGGAAGAAUCUGUUUCUGAGUCUGGUGGUGUGCGUUUUGAAGCUUCUGCACCAUCUGCCUGACAGGAGCAAGGAGAAGAAGUAAUGAUCGGGUUGUGACAAGUCUUUGACUAUGUUGGCUGCUUUUCUGAGGCAGCCUGGUGUAGAUGGAAUCAAUGGUAGGAUGUCUGGCCUGUGUGAUGGACUGGGCUAUUUCUCCAACUCACUGCAAUUUCUUGUGGUCUUGGCAAGAGCUGUUCUCAAACCAAGCUUUGAGACAAUCUAACAAUUUACUUUCUAUGGUGCAUCUGUAGGUGUUUGUAAGAGUCAUUGCAUGCAUGUUGAAUUUCUCAGUCUCUUGAGGAAGUGGAGGCAUUGGUCAUCUCAAUGUGGUUAGUCCAUGCCAGAUCAUUGGUUAUAUUUACAUACAGGCACUUUAUAGCGUUGUGGAUGUUGGUUAAGGUCAAAAGGUCAUAGACUUAGACCAUUUUGCCCAUCAAGUCUACUCCGCCAUUCAACCAUGGCUGAUCUAUCUCUCCCUCCUAACCCCAUUCUCCUGCCUUCUCCCUAUAACCUCUUGACACCUGUACCAAACAAGAAUCUAUCUCUGCCUUAAAAAUAUCCACUGACUUGGCCUCCACAGCUUUCUGUGGCAAAGAAUUCCACAGAUUCACCGCCCUUUGACUAAAGAAAUUUCUCCUCAUCUCCUACCUAAAUGACCAUCCUUUAAUUCUGAGGCUAUGACCUCUAGUCCUAGACUCUCCCACAAGUGGAAACAUCUUUUCCACAUCCACUCUACCCAGGCCUUUCACUAUUCUGUAUGUUUCAAUGAGGUCCCCCACCCACCUCAUUCUUCUAAAUUCCAGCGAGUACAGGCCCAGUGCCGACAAACGGUCAUCAUAAGUUAACCUACUCAUUCCUGGGAUCUUUCUUGGAAACCUCCUCUGGACCCUCCCCAGAGCCAGCACUUCCUUCCUAAGAUUCCCCAAGUUUAUUCAAGAAUCCAUAAUGAUACAAAAGAGUUUGCCAAAUGGAUUUGUUGUUUAAUAGAAGUAUGUACUUCUUAAUAGAAUAAAGAUGGGCAGAACCAAAUAUAAAAGUCAUCUGUGCUUAUGGUUGCUGCCUUUGCACUGAUGUCCGACUAUUUCCAACAUGCAUGGUUAAGGAAUAGUGUUAUUUGUUUCUUCCAGAUCAUUGAAACCAGAAGUAUCAUUGUAUCAUCUUCAUCUUUCUUCAUAUUUAGUCCAGAGUUUGCUGGGUUGUGUCUAGAUGCAACUGGGUUCCCUCUCUGCCUAGUAGAUAGCCAUGAAUAAUUUCAACAUUGGAGAUUUUUUGUUCUAAUUUCAUGCCAUAUUGUAUAAUGGUUGAGUUUGUACAAAGAGCUUCACUUCGACUGCAAUGCUUUUGCAUUCUUCCUCUGCAUCACAGAUACUGUAGUAACUGUGCAUGUUAGGAUGCAUAGUUGUCAUAAUACUAGUAUUAUGUACUAAGAGCAUGUCAAGCUAAACCAAACUAAACGGGCCGUUUAUUCCUGGUGCAUCCACUUACUGCAACUCCAACACAUAUAGUCUUAGCUCAAUACAUACAGUAUCUAAAUACAUUACAAUUAUUUCAUAUGCACUGUUAGAAUUUGCCUUAUGGAUAUCAGCAAAGAAUAACAUUUGAAUUAUGUGCAAAAUACGCAAGUUUUUAACUAUAAAGAAUUUAACUUGUAAUUUCCAGAUUUUAUGAUUGUACUUGUUGGAAAAUAAGUUUAACAUUAGUUGGGAUUUUCAUUCAGGGCCAGUCCUUAUUCUGCAAUCUUUACUUAAUUAACUGGCUUUGAUGUGCUCAUAUGGAUUUUUUUAACGACAGACAAUAAAUUUGUAAUUGUGGUAACAAAAAUUAAAUACGAUCCUGUUUCUUCAUGUUUGUUUUGAAACUUUCUGGGAUUGCACACCGAACCGAGGCUCCACAAAAUAAUCUGUUGCCUGUUAAUAAUUUAACACCUAUAAAAGUGUGAGUUGUGCAAAAGUGUUCAAUUGUGCAAAUGCUUAAGUGUACAGUGAGGCAAGAUGACCCAAAAAAAUGUUAAUUGUUUUCCAUUUCCAAAGUGCAUUGUGCAAAUUUGCAGUUGGUGAUUGAAGUUCGGCAUUUGCCUUUUACUGUAUCUUAAGUAUAAAUACCUAGAAUUGUGAAUAACACUAGAUUGUAAAAUUGUGCCUUGUGUAUUUUAAGUUUGUUGUCCUGCUUCCUUUAUCUAUCAGUUUUGUGAAAACCUGUUACUGAUGUGUUAUCUAUUUCAAAGCGCUGUUGCAGUGUAAUGAUGAUUUUUCUUUUAAAAUCAGUGUAUUGCAAAAUGGUUGAUAUGCGGUUCUAUACUACUUGUUGCUGCUGUUGUGAUCAAGAACCCCAAACUUUCUAUUUCAAACUUAACCUGCAAAUUAUUUAACGUGUACAAGGACUAACAAGUGUUACCACUAAUGAAAAAUAUUUAAUAUUUGAAAGUUUUAAGUUUUACAAAUUUAGUGUGGAAAGGAUUUUGUCAAAUUAAUUCAAAUGAACCUUUAGGUGAGAACUACUAUUUCAUUUAUGGUAAUUUUGUUUCUUCAAGGUUAAGAAGUGUAUUAUCUUCCAGUGUUGUUGCAAAUAAUGUAACACAAUGUACUUUGCAACAGUUACAGCUGUGUGUAAAAUAUUUUUCAAGGUUGGAACAUUUGAGUUAACUGUCAGCAUCUUCAAAGUAUUUAAAGUGUUAAAUCAUGCACCACUGUGUUUUCCAUUUUCCUUGUAGAAUGAGCAAACUACUGUUUUAUUGUUCAUACGCCAUUAAUUUUUAAGUCUGUCUGGUUUUGACUGUGUGGUGCCUGCAACCUGUUUCCUUAUGAUUCACUACUUGCUCAAUAACAAAUGCACGAGUAUUGUCUGUUUACGGGUUCAAAUAGCUGUGGAGAGAAGCUGUUUAUCUUUUUAUUGCAUAAAAAUGUCAGUUUGGUA